AUGAUUUCUUUCUAUGAUUGGGCUCCCACGCAGCAGGCAGGAACUCCAGGCUCCCAGAAUGGCCACGGGUCGGAGGAUCUGGCAUCGCAGAAUGAUCUGGAGAUCCAGGGCGCGAUCUGCCAGAAGAUUCAGGAUGCCGUGGAUAUUUCCGACGUUUUCAACAAGGUCGCAAUCCAUUCGGGAAAGGCGAGUCCCAAGACUUUGGUCUACGCAGUGCACCGGAUCGCCCGAUACUGUCGGUUGCGGAAGAAGGAUAUCGGCCCGACGAAGCCAUCGAGCCUUCACAGCAUGAGCGCCAUGGCCAUCACCAAGUCCGUGCUUUUGAGCGAGGAUGAUUCCGGUUCUUCAAAGGCAGAGAGUGUCGAGGACAGCCCCAUGCAGUCCAAAGAGGUCUUGGAGUUGGUGCACAUGGGCUUCGAUCCAGGCGUGGCAGCGGAUGCCCUGCAAUCAGCCGACGGCAACAUGCAGGAAGCCCUGGACAUUUUGACUGGUGACGCUGGCGACUCUCAGACACCGGACGCGCCGCUCAAAGGGCUGCAAGUCAUCAUGUCGAUGGGCUUUAGCAAGGAAGCGGCCACGCGGGCCCUGCAGAGGACGGGGGGAGAUGAGGAGGCGGCAAUCAACCUCCUCGUGGAAGACUCCCAACCUCACGAGCAGAGAUCAGCCCCGAGAUCGCAAAGGGCCGCGCCUGUGCAGAGCCGGGAGAGGUCUCGCAGCCCCCGCUUAGAGGUUCGGCCGGUGGAGCGCAAAGUGCAGUCCACCAAGAGGCUAACGGCCUUCUCCGAUUCGGCGAAGCAGGCCGUGAUCGAAGCCUUGGGAGGCCCAGGCGGCAAGCGGAAAACCCAGGUGUCCAAGUCCAUCAAACGGGGCCGCGUUUCUCAGUGGCAGCAUCAUUGGCAGAAGGAUCCCAGCGAGGAGCAGCUCGAGACUGCAUCGCCAGGUUACGCAAAGCUGAAAAGUUACCAGAGAGUGGGGGUCCGCUACUUGCUUGCUCUGGCAAAGCUCGGGUGUGGUGGCAUCCUUGCUGAUGAGAUGGGUUUGGGAAAGACUGCUCAAGCAUUGGUGUUUCUGGACCUGUUGCCCAGCACCCUGAGUGACAAGCAGGCGCGUGCGAGGCUGAGGCCAUCUCUGGUAGUUGUGCCCGCGACAGUCCUUGAGAACUGGGAACGAGAGUGUGCCCUCUGGUGCCCGCACUUCCGAGUCUUCCGAUAUCACGCUUCGAACAGAGAUGACCGGGCAGCUUUGGCUGAAGACUUUGAGGAACAAUGGCAGCAAGGCGAGUCAGCAGUGGUACUCACUACUGCUGCCAUUCUCCGAAACAAGGAGGAUCAGCAACAUUUCUUCAGGAAGUUUCGCUUCGAAUGCGUGAUUUGUGAUGAGGCACAUGCCAUGAAGAAUGCGCAGACGAAUGCUUUCAGGAAUGUGACGCGCCACAUCCAAGCCAAGCGACGCAUACUUCUCACUGGCACUCCGGUGCACAACAACCUUGGCGAGCUCGCGAACCUUUUGAAGCUGCUUCUGCAGAGUGAAGGCGGAGUAAGCAGUCCAAUCAUCAAAGAAUUGGAGCAGGUGGUGGAAAGACAGUCCUUGCGGACCCUUCAAGCACGUGCCGCGCCUUUCAUGCUAAGGAGGCUGAAGCGCAAUGUCAUGUCUGACCUUCCUCCGAAGACAUGCCAGCCUCUGCGCUGCCAGAUGACAGCUUCUCAAGAGAGCCUGUACGUGGAGGAGCUUAAAAAGGCAAAAGCAGAGUCGAAGAGUGUGAGGAAGACCAAGGCAGCCAAAAAUAAGUUUGUGAAGCAUCUCUUCGCCCGAUUGCGCCGGCUGUGCAACCACCCGCUGCUCAUGCAAGCCAGACUAAGUGAGGCUGACUUUGCCAACCUGACAAAGCUCAUGCGAACAGUACGCGACGACUUUGCACGCGCUAGUUUCGAGAAGUGCCGAGAGUUUUUGAAAGAAAUGAGUGACUACGAGCUGGUGCAGCAGGUGCGGGAGUACAAUCUGCAGGGCAAGCUUGCAGACUUCGGCAUCGAGCCACGCAAACUCAGCAUCAACCGCGAUGAUAUCAUGAGCUCCGGCAAGAUUCAAGAGCUUUGUAAGUGUUCCACGGAAGCUCAAUCCUCGGCCUUUGGCCGCCUCAAGCGUCAACGUGAGGCGAGCCGCAAGACUUUGGUGUUCUCUCAGUUCACCAUGUUCCUGGACAUCAUAGGAAGUGCGCUGGAGACCCGGGACAUUCGCUUCGUUCGGGUGGAUGGCACCACCAAGAUUAACGAGCGGCAGGCGACGGUUGACAGCUUCCAGAAGGAAGGCUCUGGAGUUGAUGUUAUCAUCUCCUCGCUGAAGGCUGGUGGUCAGGGUCUCAACCUUACGGCGGCGGACCGUGUAGUUCUGAUGGACCUGUCCUGGAACCCGCAGGACAACCGUCAAGCAGAAGACCGAGCACACCGGCUGGGCCAGACGCGGCCAGUCACCGUGACCUACAUGACGUGCAAAGGCACCGUCGAGGAGAAGGUCGUGAAGUGCAACAUCUCGAAGAUGAAGCUGGACUACGAGUUCGGUGGCCAGAGAAGCGCCCUCGAGGAGGCGGAAGCCCGACUGGACGAGGAAGGCCAAGGCCAAGGCCAAAGUGGCAGCUCGGAGAGCGAAGGCGAAGAGCUUGAGGAAUCCAAGGGCAAGAGCUUCGAAGACGAAGUCUGCAACGAGUUUGCCCAAGCGACAGUCGGAGGUCUGGACUUCGUUUCUGUACAGCCCAUGAUGCUAGACGUCCGCCUGGUAGAUCACUUGCUUUUCCGGGCUGGCUACGCCAGCUGUUUGCACACCUCCAGCAUAGGUCGGGCGCAGCGCUUCUUGGCCUUGCUUGCGGACGUGCAGCGCCACCUCGCACGCCUGGAUGCGCAGGUUUCAGGCUGCUGCUCCGUCAUCGACUUGCAGCCGAGCAUGAGCUGGGUCCGAACUCCGCAGCUGGCUGAGCGCUGGCCCCAGCUUCUUCGCGCACUGCGGCAGCCAGUCCAUCAUGUCGCGCUUGUGAACCCCUUCUUGCCGUCGCUCCAGCGUGAGGACGUGGCGCAGCUGCAGCGGCUGCAGCCGCAUGAAGAGAUACCUUGCGUCUUCGUCAAUGCAGAUGGCUCGUCCUGUUCCAAUGAUGCCGAAGCUGAUCAGGAUGGUGACGGUCUGCUUGCGCCCAGGGCUUCGGUGGAAACUCCGGCUACCUCCGACCUCCUCCCAUGUUACUUCCUGGACGGGGCCUCGGCUUUGGCAGCAGCUUUGUUGGAGCCCGGGCCGGGAGCGUCGGUGCUGGACCUUUGCGCAGCUCCGGGGGGCAAGUCGCUGAUGCUGGCGUCGCUGCUCUUUGCAGGACCAGAGGCAUCUGGGAGGCUGAUAUGCAACGAGAUGUCGCGCCCCCGGCUAGCAAGGCUGCAAAAAGUGGUCUCCUCAUUUCUGCCGCCCGAGAUGCUGGCUACAGGUGCUACGGGGCGUGUCAGCCUUGUCAAUGUUGAUGCUGCCACUGGAUCCAUCCCGGUGCCUUUGCAGCGCCUAGCUCCCUUCGAUCGGGUGUUGGUAGACGCUCCCUGCACAUCUGAUCGCCAUCUGGUACAUCAAGGACCGUCGGCUUUGGCACACUGGGCUGCUGGAGCUGUCAAGGCCAAUGCGGAGCGACAGCUGGAGCUGUUGCGCGCAGCUGCUGCACUGGUGAAGCCUGGGGGCUUGGUAUUGUACGUCACCUGUGCUUUGGCGGAAGCUGAGAAUGAUGGUGUUGUGUCGAAGUUCCUGAAGAAGUUCGGGCAAAACUUUGCGUUAGAUGCCUUCCCUGAUCAAGCUUCGCGGCUUCUGCAGGGUGCUGACGCGACCCAGUGUGGAGGCAAAACUGAGCAAAGCAGCAAGCAAAGUAAGAAGGAGUGCAAGCUGUUGCGCUUCUCGGAGGCGCUGACGGACCUCAGCUGGUCCUUGGCCGUGUCGCUCAAUCACCGCGAUAACCGCCUCCUGGCAGGCAUUUGUCAUCAGCUCUUUUCGCAGAUGGAAGAGUUCAGCCCAGCGAACCUCGCCAUUAGUGCCUGGAGCUUUGCCACGCUGAACUAUCGCGAUGAUCUGGUGAUGAAGCGCCUGAAUCGGCAGGCCCUCGGACGGCUCCAGGUGGGCUUGGUGGUACCGAAAGGGCUUUUGAAAGAUGUUUGGCUAGAAGCCAUGGAGGAUCCGCCGGCAUCGCAGGAGGGCGAGCAGGUGGAGGACGAGUCUCCACAGCUACAGCCAGACCCUGCGACCGAGGAUGUCGACCGGGGUUCUGAGAAGCUUGACGCAGAGGAGCCCUCAGGAGAGCAAGAGGCGGACCCGAGCACGGAGGAUCCGCCGUCAAACGAAACUCCUGACGAGGCCGCGAAGCCCAAUGAGCUUCCAGAGCCUCUGCAGGCCUCGGAUGACGAGUCUUCGAGUUCAUCGCAGCCACCGGAGGCGAACGAACCGAAAGCUGCUCCGGCAAACGCUGCACCAGAUCGCGGACUCGCCAUUCUGCAAAAAUAUGAGGAGUUCAAGGAGAUGGGCCAUGUGGAAGCUGCCGCAGCAGUGCUAAGGCAGGGCCUCUUCUUCUGCCCCGAGAGCGCGGCGCUGCGAGCUCUGGCGGCCAAGGAAAAUGUGGAGCUCCCGGAGGAAGGGGACAGCAAGGGGCCUGCGGAGCUGAUGGAGCAGCUGCGAAGAAGAGAGAUGAUGAUGCAGCAGCCACCUGCGCCUACGCGAUUCUACGACGAGCUCGAGUACCCGGACAAGAAGAAGGCCUACUACUUGGUAUGGUCUUUCCUGGCCUGCCACCUUGCGCUCAUCAUCCUUCUGCGGGACUAUGGCAGCGAGUGGGCGCUGUUAAAAGUACUGGGAAUCAAGGCCGCCAGGGCCCAGGACCUAGGACCUGGGAGACGUUUGUUUGUGUUUGCCGAGGAGUUCACAGGGAGCCUGCUCUUCGAUGAAUGUGGCAGGCUAGGGGCUACAGUAGUCUCUGCCAUGAGAGAAAAGGUGGUGCUGGCGUUCCAUGCUGGACAUGCUCUGGCGGAACUUGGGUCCUGGCUUUUGGCUGCAGAUGGUGAAGACUCGCUGGGGCCAUGGUCCAUCGUUGUCAUCUUCGCCGGGAGCUUACGGCCAACUGUAGAAAUGGACACGACUUGUGUGCCGCAGGCGUGCAUCCUAUACCUGCAGAGCUACUUGAAAGAGUGCAAGACUCUGCCACCGGACUACCUCUCCACGUUGUCCUUCUUUUUCCCGGUCUUUCCUGCCUAUGACGCAGCCGUGGCACUGAGCUGCCUAGAAUUCUUUCUGGAAUGGAGAUACUUCCCAGACUUCAAGCUAUGGACGCCUCUUGUCCUUUUAGGCAUUGUGUCUAUGGCCUUGGGCCAGGGCUUGGUGAGCUGGGCUGCGAGCGUGGCGGACAGAAACUUCUGGGCCUCGACACGGGAGCUCGAGGAGGAUGAGCUGGUGGGUUUGGAGAUUCCGAAUCGCCGGGUAGUUCGUGAAGGUCCAUACGCCUGGGAACGCCACCCAGCGUACCUGGGAGCUCUACUCUGGGGUCUAGGCACGCAGCUGGCCCUUUGCAACCCGGGCAUGCUGGUGAUGGUCGGCUUCGUGUUGUGGGCAUCACUCCUCCACGUCACCAUGGAGGAGGAGAAGGAGCUUUACGAUGAGUUUCCAGGUCUCUAUGUGAACUACGCGGCCCUGACCAGCUGCUGGAUUCCGGGCUUCCCACCUCUCUUGGAGAAUUCCGCUUUCCAGCGCGAGAUGGACGACAAUGCACCGGAGCAGGAAGGAAACGAGCUCAUGGAGCAGGAAGAGAGUGAAGAGGAGAUCGACGAAGAAGACGACCUCCUACCAACUUGGGAAGGAGUUCCCAAAGGUGGCGCGAUUUGGAACCGCCAGUUUCAGGAGCCAUGGCGCCUCGGUUAG